AUGAUGAAUGACCAUCUGGAGAAUCGAACCAAUAGUUGCGACCAUUACAUUCAACCUCAAGAAAUAGUUGUGCCGGAUUAUCUCCUUCUUGAAGACAAAAUACAGUGUAAAAUAGAUUCAGCGAGACGGGAAAGCGAACAGUUGCACCAGCAAAUAGACAAGGUGAGGUCAAAGGCCUGUGAUGCGCAACUCCUUGAGAUGACUAGGAACGUUGGAUCAUUGAAUAAGAAUAAAGUGAAUUUGAGACCCACCAUCUUGCUGAGAGGCCAUAAUAGCAAAAUUUCUAGUUUUAAAUGGGCUCAUGACUCGAAAAGUAUUCUGAGUGCAAGUCAGGAUGGGUUCAUGAUUAUAUGGGACAGUGUUUCUGGUUUCAAAAAAAAUGCAAUUCCCCUAGAUUCGCAGUGGGUUUUAUCUUGUGGUAUAUCUCCCUCUAAUGCACUUGUUUCAAGUGCGGGCUUGAAUAAUAAUUGUACUAUAUACCGAGUUUCAAAGGAGCACAAGGUUCAACAGAAUGUUGUAUCAAUUUUCAAGGGUCACACAGGCUAUAUAUCAGACACCGAUUUCAUGGAUAACUCACAUGUUGUAACUGCAAGCGGUGAUAUGACAUGUGCGUAUUGGGAUAUUCCCAAGGCAAAACGAGUUAGAGAGUAUGCUGAUCAUCUUGGUGACGUUUUGGCACUAUCAAUUCCUAACGAGCAGGCACAGCAGUCAGGCAAUAAUAUUUUUGCAAGCUGUGGAUCAGAUGGCUACAGCUAUAUAUCGGAUAUAAGAGCGCCAACCAUGGUCCAAAGUUUUUUUGUCGGCGACGCAGAUGUUAAUGCAAUUCAAUUCUUUCGAGAUGGUAAUUCUAUCGUGACGGGAAGUGAUGACGGAGUGAGCAGAAUGUUUGAUUUGCGGUCAGAUUGCAGUAUAGCUGAAUUUUCCCUUUCUCAUUCCAUUAGACACGAAAAACACUCAACGCAUACGGGGUCAACUGUUGAUGGAGGUGAUUCUUCAUCGCAAAGGGCGUUUGCUUCGUUGACUAGUCCAAGCUACCUUGACAACCAAGGAGUGGUAUCGUUAGACUUCAGUGGUUCUGGAAGGCUGAUGUAUGCAUGUUACACUGAUGUUGGAUGUUAUGUGUGGGACGUCCUGAAAGCCGAAAUUGUAGGAAAGCUAGAGGGGCAUUCAAAUCGCAUAUCAGGAGUACGAACCAGUCCAGAUGGUCAGGCGGUAUGCACAGGAUCUUGGGAUUCUACAAUGAAAAUCUGGACACCAGGCUACAUGUAG